UUAAUAUUAGAAUGGAUCUUUUACUGCUAUUGUCUUUCGUUUUCAUUGUUGCAUUUAUCCUUGACUGGCUGUUCAGGAAAUUGAAAAUCGGCAAUUUCGAAUCACGUUAUGUACUUAUUACCGGAUGUGAUUCCGGUUUCGGACAUAAACUGGCUAAGAAGCUGGAAAAAUUAGGAUUUAAUGUGUUUGCCGGUUGUCUGACAAAGGCUGCAGUUGAGAAAUUUAAUCAAACAAGUUCUUCUAAGUUGAAAGCGAUAGAAAUGGACGUAUCAAAGGAUACAAGCAUUGAAAAGGCAAUGGAAAUUGUACAGCGGACACUCCCAGGGGGAAAGGCCCAUAAAUGGCCAGAUUUUACAUUUACAGGACUGUGGGCAGUUGUGAACAAUGCUGGUAUUUUGGGUGGAAUUGGGUCGAUUAAACUUCACACAAGACAGGACUACGAAAACACACUUGCUGUAAAUCUGUACGGCGUUAUCAUGGUAACGAAAGCAUGCAUGCCAUUAGUUUUGAAAGAAAAGGGGCGUAUUGUUAAUACAGCAAGUGUUUUGGGAAGAAUCGCGUUGUUAAACUCGUCCUAUUGCAUAUCCAAAUAUGGUGUAGAGGCCUUCUCUGAUGUCCUCAGGCGAGAGCUGUAUAGAACUGGCGUGAAGGUACAAAUUAUUGAGCCCGGGGCUUUUAAAACGCCCAUAUUUGGCAGAGAAUAUAUCAGGCGAAUGGCCGAAAACAAGGUAGCAAGUUUACCAGCUGAGAUCAGAUCUCAACUUCCUAACGACGCCGUUGGCCAGCUGGAAGGAUCCAUUCAUCGGUUAGAGGAAACAGGGUCAACAAACAUUCAUAUUGUCGUAGAUGCCUAUAUUCAUGCUAUCACAGCCAAAUUUCCGAAAAAGAGAUACCUGGUUGGCAAUGAUGCAAAGUAUGUAUACUGGUUCUUGUCGGUUCUUCCCGAGUGUAUAAGCGAUUUCUACAUAAACUGGCGAGGCGCGUACUCAAUUUAGAAGGUCAGAACUUCUCAAUCGAUGGAGUUGACCACCAUAUGUCAUAGACAUAGUACUAGAGAUCAAUCAGUGACCCAAAUAAUAAUCCUACCUUGCAUUUACAUUAACACCUGUGUGACGACAAUUAAAGGGCAGAAUGCAGUAACUGUAUGGUUAAAAACUCAGUGAUAAGUCAUUUCAUUUAAGUGUCCAUUUUCAUGAUAAAUACUGAAGAGUUUUUUCUUGUUUUUAUAUAUGAUGUGUGAUACGAUAUAAGUAACAUUAUAUCUAAAUUUCAGCGUAAAUAGUGGAUCUGAAUUUAUUUUAUAUGUCUUAAAACAUUUUGUGAUAUCAUACAAAAAGCAUGUAUUUGACAAUUCUUUUGCAUUGACAUAAGCUUUUUCUGCAAUAAUCCAGUUAUAAUUGGGGAUUAAAUAUUUAUCAAUUGCUAGAUAGGUAGGACUAUCUGCAAGAGCGAGUACAUGGAAAUUAAAUAAGAAAUUUCAGAAAAUCAUCAAUGAAAUGCUUGAAAAUGAUCAGAUCAAAACUUGAGUAUUUUUUUGGUCUUAAUUUAUAUAUAUAAGCAAUCAUCUUUAUCUUUUUAAUGGUUUUUCAUAAUUUGAAAUUUUAGGUACUAUCUCUAAUAUCAUAUGAUUUAACCGGAUGAUUUUAUGUGUUCAAUAUUUCUAAAUUAACGUUGUUAUCAAAGUAGACAGACACGUUGUUACGGACUGGUAGACGGAUAUUCCUAUGUUUCCUAGCGUAGUUUGCUUUUUAUUUACUUGAGCAUAUAGUAGCAAUCACUUUGAAUAUAGAAUGAACAUUUACUAGACAUAUAAUGUUCAAGCGGACACAUGAACUAAAAUACCAACACCUCCAGGUACGAGAGAUUUUUUAUCAAAGAGCGUCCUGGAAAUAUUUUCAUAAUUAGUACAGUUUGAUAACCUUUAAAUUUAAAAGUGUAAUUAAUCAUAGUUACUUUUUUGCUUAUUUAUACAUGUAAAUAUAAAAGCAAAACGUUUACGACACAGUUAAUAAA